AUGCUAGUGGGGACAAAGGAGUUCAAGGUGACUUUUAAAGUUUCUAAUAUGGGAGCCUUCUGGGGUCUAAUUGUUGGAUUUGUGAUUGGCCUCAUCCGUAUGGUCGCAGAGUUUGUCUAUGGAACAGGGAGUUGUUUGGCCACCAGUAACUGCCCCCAAGUCAUCUGUGGAGUGCACUAUCUGUACUUUGCCCUCAUUCUCUUUUUUGUUUCCAUACUGAUCAUCCUGGGAAUUUCCCUGUUAACAAAACCCAUUCCUGAUGUACAUCUAUAUCGCCUGUGCUGGGCUCUUCGGAAUAGUACAGAGGAACGAAUUGAUUUAGAUGCAGAAGAGGAAAGACACGAAGAAGCUGAUGAUGAUGCUGAUAAUGAUAAUCCUGAGGAAACUCGUGGAUGUCUCAGGAAGGCUUAUGACUUGUUCUGCGGUUUGCAGAACAAAGGCCCCAAACUGAGCAAAGAGGAGGAAGAAGCCCAGAAGAAGAAGCUGACAGACACGUCUGAGAAGCCCUUAUGGAGGACAGUAGUGAACAUCAAUGCCAUCAUCCUCCUGGCAGUGGCAGUCUUUGUUCAUGGCUAUUUUGCCUAA